UUCAUCCCAAUAGUAGUUUUUCUUCUCUCCCACGCGAAAAACAAGUGAGUCGUCAAAUUUAUCGAGCGUGAAAUUUGCCUUAAGAUUUAUGUUGCAACGUCGUGUUGACAGCUGAACAAUAAUAAUAAUAAUAACAAUCGCAUGAUGAUGAUGCCUUCGCUCCUGGUGACGACGACGACGACGACGAUGAUGAUGAUGUUGCUGUUGUUUCAAAUGGAUAUGAGCCAGGCUCAGUUGACACAGACGCCUUUCCAGCAACGUCCUUUGCAACAGCAGUUACAGCAGCAACAGCAACAACAACAACAGCAGCAGCAACAACAGCAGCAAUUGCAACCAUUUCAGAGACGAGGGCAAUUACAAGGACAAGGCUUAUUUGCUCCACAGGGCAAUCAAUUAAAUCCUUUAAUUAAUCCUGCCUUAGCCUCACCUUUUGGUGUCUCACGUUAUAAUCCACAAUAUCAACAACAAAAUUAUGUACCCAUAACAGCCUAUCAGAAUGAUUUAAACUUGGAUGGCAGUUUUUCCUACGGCUACUCGACGGCAGAUGGCACCACAGCUCAAGCUCAAGGAUAUGUCAAGAAUCUGGGCUAUGGCGAGGGUGUAGAGGCUCAGGUUAUUCAAGGCUCUUACUCAUAUACCUCACCGGAGGGAACACCCAUUACCGUGCGAUAUAUUGCCGAUGAGAAUGGUUUUCGUGCCGAAGGAACUGGCAUACCAGCAACUCCCUACUUUGCUCCCAAUCAACCAUAUCAACCACAAUUGGGGGGUGUUGCCAAUCCUAACUUGAAUCCCUAUCAAACACCAUUUAGGCAGUUGCCACCGCCAUUGCCCACAAAUGCGUUUCGUCCGGGACAGCAGCAACCUUUAACGCCGCAGCAAUUGCAACAGCAACAGCAACAGUUACGCAACACUGGACAAUAUCAGCCCGAAUUGCCAUUUAAUCAGCUCCAUUCGCCAAAUAAUUUGCCUGCUCAAUAUGCUGGACAAUUUGGUCAACAGCAAAAUCUUAAUCCCCAACAGCAACAACAACAACAGCAGCAGCAGCAACAACAACAGCAACAGCAGCUACAACAAAAGGAGCAGCAAAAUGAACAGCAGCAACAGGCUUUGAUUACCCAACAAUUGCGUGGACGUCCCAAUCAAUUGGUCGAUCCUUUCAGCUACAAUCAAUACAACAGACGCUUCAAGAAGUCCUCCAAAAAGUGAACCGGUAAAAAAGGAAACCAUUUCAAACCUACGAAUUAGUCGACGUGCAAAAAUUCUUAUGUAGUUCAAUUCAAAGGCAUGAAAUACAUGCACACAAGAAAAUGUA